AUGCAUAUUCCGUGCACAGUACAGCGUUUGGGGUUGUAUCUGCUCAUACUCCAGAUCUUCACGACAUUGACCGUUGCGAACGUGGAAAAGGUCAUCUUCGUGGCACCGGAUACACAGGAGUUCCCAAGCGAUGCCAGUCUCGACAAUCUACUACUCGAGCGGCUGACGCUUGCAAAGGCUUCCGUGAGAACUCGCCUUAAUGCGACCUUCCCUACAGAUGAGCAGCCUAGAGGAACGGAGACUUGGAUGCUGCUUGAAGACUUGACUCCCGGCCAACGCUAUGAAGUCCGUAUCUGCUGGCUGGCAACUCAACCAACGUCGUUCUGGCUAUACACCCACACAUCGCAGUCCACAUUCGAAUCACCGGAGCUCAUUUCGGCCUUGACCUUAUACUCAAACACACGACACCAGAGCGCCACAGAUGAGACCUUGGAAGAAGCACAAUCAAGAGUAGACCUCAGACAACGCACGUCAUUCCCGACAACUUUUCUUUUCCUGCAGAUCUUUGCGGCCGCUGAUUACUUCAGCCUAGACAAAAGCUUGAUGGAGGUCGUCCCUCCUGUGCACGUUGACAUUAUUCUUGACCCCUAUUUGCUCAACAUAUUUCCUCAGUCACUGCUGCCUACGGCGGGGUAUAUCAUAAUCAUCGCCGUUCUGGGGUGGUUCGUAUCUGGCUGGAUAUACACAUCCUAUAUCCUUCCAUACGCCAACGCAGGUAUCGAAACAACGCCAAAGAAGUCGGACUAA